AUGACAACUUUAGAACAAAACAUAGGCGAUGAAGAAGCUCAAUCUGAAAGGACUGGAUAUGUUCCUGAUCCGUUAUUGAAUCCACAAGAAUGUACUACUUCAGAUGUCAUCCCUAUCAAUAACAGUGGCGUUCUUGAUGUCAAUGGCUCAUCAGUAUCAUCCGAUGAGAUUGCUAAUUACUUUUUGCACAAAAUGAAAAAUAAUGAAAAUAAUGAUAAAACAGUUACUGAAAAUGUUUACUUAAUUCCUCAUUCGUCGAAACCCGUCAACGAAUAUUUCAACCCAAAAUUGUUAACAGGUUUAUAUCCAACUUUAUUCUGUUAUGGACGAGGAGCACCUGAAGAUCAAUCACGUCCAAUCGAAAUCAAAUUCAAAGAACAUAUACGGUAUCUAUUAUCUUACAAUGAUCGUCGUUUUGAAACAAGUAACAGUUUUAUAUUUGUAGUCUUCAACUUAUUGCAAAGACGUGAUGCUUGUUUUCAUGCUCAAUUAAUCGCAACAAAGCCUUAUUUUCAAGCAUUUGCUAAUGAAAUCCAAUCAAUAAAUAGCAAACAUAUUGAAAUGGCUCUUGAAAACAAUUCCAAAAGAACACACAGUACAGAAUCCAAUAGUACAUUAAACAAACCUUUACAACAUAUUAAAACUGUUGGUGGUCGAGUAAUGGGUUCAGCAUAUUCAAGAACAGCUUUACGUACUCGAAUUCAUGCACUUAUUUUUAAUCAAGGUCUACCAAGUAUAUUUCUUACGUUAAAUCCAGCCGAUAUUCAUAGUCCUGUAGCAUUAUAUUUUGCUGGCGUUCAACUCAAUCUAGAUAAGAUUCAAAAAGAACAACUUAUGGACACUUACAAAAGAGCUGGAAUUAUAGCAGCUCAUCCAGUUGCUACUGCCAAAUUUUUCCACGUAUUAAUUACCAAUAUGUUAGAUACUAUGAUAAUGGGUGGUGUUCUUGGACCAAUAAAGGCUUAUUUCGGUACUGUUGAAAGUCAAGGCAGAGGUUCACUUCAUUUACACCUUCUUAUUUGGCUUGAUCAUGAUAUGAAACCAGCUGAUAUGAAAGAAAAAAUUCAAGACGCUACUUUUCGUAAUAAGUUAAAAGCAUAUUUAGAAGAUAUUAUCAAAGAAGAUUUAGAUGAUUUCAAAGAUAAACAAGGCAUCGAAUCUUCUAAUAGACCGGAGUCAUUGAACACUCCUGCUCAAUUAUCACAAAACGAUAUUUAUACUGCUUUACGUACUAUUGAUUUGACAAACUUAACAGAAAAUACAUAUAAAUCACCUAUUUGGUCAACGCCGACUAAACAAUACCAACCUUCACCAUCAAUUCCUUACAAGUAUCCGUCGAUUCCAUUUGGAUCACCAUCAAUUCCUUACAGAUCUCCAGCAUCAAGUUCAUUAGUACAAACACCAACACAUGAUCGAUCUGGAUUCGGUAUCAUAUAG